AUGUCCGUUGUUCGACAUCCAGGACCAGCACCAUCAUCGAGCAGGGGCCAGGCCAUCGUCCUCCACGCGCCCGAGAAGCCCGGCCUCAACGCCGGCGAGCAUCCUUUUCCACUUGCCGUCCUUGGUCUCACGGUUCUCCCUGACCAUCUUCCCGAUGACCAGCACCGUCUCCUUUCGGGAGUCCGCGAUGGCGCUCUUGGCCAACUGCUUCUUCACGUCGGCAGCUUGCUUCUUCAUCUCGGCAGCUUGCUUCUUCAGCUGGAGGACGUCUUCGCGGACGGAGGCGAUGGUGGAAGGCGUGUCACCAAGCUCGUCCUCCACGCUACCCAGAAGCCUAGCCUCAACGCCCUCGAGCUUCUUCUGCCACUUGCCAUCCUUGGUCUCCCGGGUCUCUUUGACUAUCUGCCUAAUGGCCAGCACCUAAAGGAGACGGUGCUGGCCAUCGGGAAGAUGCUUGACCUGCCCCAUCUGCAAUUGCUCGGUGCCGCAGCGGAAUACCUCGUCCAUCUCCGCCUUCUCCAUGGCAGUAGGCAUGUCGGUGUCGGCAGCUUGCUUCUUGAGCUGGAGGACGUCUUCCAGGGGGCCCAGGAGGUCCUCACGGCCAAAAUCUACCUCAAGGACAACGCCGACGCCCUCGGAUCUAUCCUCCUGACGGUUCAGAAUAAGAUCUUCACUCCGCGCAAGUUGCGGAUCUUCUGCAACUUGAGUUGCGGUGUUGCAGACCUUUUGCAACUUGCGCGGAGUCAAGAUCUUGUUCUGAACCGUCAGGAGGACAGAUCCGAGCGCGCCGGCGUUGUCCUUGAAGUAGAUUUUGGCAGUGGGAAUCUCCCGGAUACCCUGCUGCAUUCUCGCCAUCUCCUCAGCCGGGACCUUACGGGCCGGAACAAAGUCAUGACUCCGCACAAGUUGCAGAAGGUCCUGUACGAGAUGAACGAGAGAGCGGAGGAGUCCACCAUGGUGUGGGGCGAAUAGUCCAACUUCGGCGAAGUCUUAGCCAAUUGGAAGGUCGGACACAAGCGCCCAAGGCAGACUGGGGGGGCGACGACGAGGAGGGGGAGGAGAAGGCGGGCGGCAAACCCUCAGGGCCGCCCCAGACGACCAGGAGGGCAAGACGCGGGGGUAGCGAGUAGAAUCGGAGGGAGAGAGAGAGGGAGUGGGAGAUGACAGAAGUGCCGCCAAAGGAUCGAACGCAUGUCCGGGGGAGGGGAGGGGGGACAGGGUUUCUCCGCCGGCACCUUAAGCGGCAGCAGGUUGUUGUUGUUGCAAUUGUUCUUGGCAGUAAGCUUGCUCUCGAAGGCGUUGAGCGAGGUGUCGAUUCAUCCGACCCUUUGCCCCGCCUUUGAUGAUGCGGUUUACUGUCAAGCCAUGGCAGUUGUACAGCUAUAGCAUGGUCCACUAUUUAGUGGGUUUGCUUUCGACGGAUGUGGCACGGAUUACUACGUAUUCGUAUUUUAGAGGUUCUUGAUGCCUGUCCCCGAUGAUGUAUUCCCGUGAACGGCAAAACUCGAGCCCAUGACCAACUAGAUUGCUUCCACGUUAAAGACUUUUUUCCCUCUCUGCCCUGUUUUCGUGUUUUUUUUGGGGGGGGCAAUCGGGCACAUGUAUUUUUGUUUCAUCCCUCACUUCACGCUGAAGGGGUUGCGGCGAGAGGAGCAUUGUGGUUCCAGCUUGCGUCUGUUCUUGAUUCGAUCUCAAGGACUGUGGGGGUGUGUGCCUGCGGGCUCUUUCUUGCCUGCCUGGUUGAUGCUGCGUUUCGUGCCACACCGCAGGGGUCACGUGGUGUUGACUUGGCUUUUUGCUUGCGCGCAUGGAUUGUAGAAAAGGUACCCCGGUGUUGUGCUGCCACAAUUUUGUGGUAAUUUGUUUUUGCUCCGGCCCUUGGCAGUGUGACGAGGAAUGCAAUCUGACUUGGUGGCAUGAAGCAUUCAAGGAAACAAGAAUGAUAAUCAAAGUAAUC